AUGCACCGAUGGAAAACCAAAAAUGUACAGAAACCAGCCCAAGCCAUCCAGCUGGUACACACUGACGACUCCGGGCAACUGCAACUGGAUGAAUCUGCUGUACAGACCUGUUUUCUGGAGGGAGAGAUAUCAGACCUCCCCGUGUGCCUAAUCUGUGUGAUUGGAGAGAAACGUCGGGGCAAAUCCUUCCUCUUGAACUACAUCCUGAGGGCCCUGUCCUGCCGGGAGGAGGGUCGGCCGCUCAGUCUGGGGGCAGAUGAUGCCCCUCUCGGUGGGUUUGAGUGGAGAGACGGAAUGAUCAGCACAACCAAGGGGAUCUGGAUCUGGAGCAAGCCCUUCAUUCUAGAGAAUAAAGGAGAAAAUAUGGCCGUGUUUGUGUUGGACACAGAGGGCUCCCUGGAUAUUAAGAGCUCAAGAGACAUUUGCCUUAAGCUUUCUGGCUUAUCCAUGAUCCUCAGCUCCUACCUGAUCUUCAACGUGAACUCAAAUUUAAAAACUACAGAAAUGGACUAUCUUGAGAUGUAUCUCGAUGUUGCUGAGAAGGUUGGAAGAUCAUUUGACCUACAGGCCUUACAGCACCUCAAUAUCCUUAUACGGGACUGGCAGGAUUUUACGAGAUGUGGAAAAGAAGACGCUCGGGCUUAUGUUUUCCAUGAGACUGAGAAUCUGCAGAAUGACCCUUCAUACAGACUGGUGUCAGAGACCCUGAGGGGCCCAUUAGCCGACUGCUCGCUCCUGCCCCACCCAGGGAAAGGCCUGCUGACUGGCAGCCAAGGGAAGUUAUCAGAUAUGGAUGAGGAUUUCAGGAAUCUCCUCACGAAUUACAUAUUCACCCUGGUGGGGGACCUCUGGCUCCAUAGAAAAACCGACAGACAAGGGGAACACAUGACGUGUGCUCAGCUGGGAAACAUAUUAAAGAGAGUUGUGAACAUUUUGCAGAAUGUACAGUACAGCUUUGCCUCCCCAUUGCAGAUGUUGUUCACCUUUGAAAAUCACAAGAACAUGGAAAGAGUGAAGGAGCAAUUCCAAGGGUAUAUACGCAGCAUGUCAAAAGAAGCGUCUGUUCUGAGGAGGGGAAGAAAUGUGAGUCCUUCUCAAAUGGAGUCCAACGUCAAGGAGAAGGCAACUAAGUUCCUGGGUGACUUUACACAAUCAAUUCAAGGCGAUGACGCCCAAGAGAAGGAAAGGCUUGUAAAGGAACUGGAACAGUUUUUGGCAAAACUACAGCAAAAGCACUGUAAAGACUACUCCAAGAGGUUCUAUGGAUUUCGGAAUCAAAAGAAUAUGGAGAAUAUUAAAGAGCAGUUUCAGACUGAAAUAACCCUAAAAUCAAAAGAAGUUGAGUCUCUGAUCAAGGAACAAACUGUGAGUCCAGCAAGAAUGGAGUCGAGCAUCAACGAUACGGCAACCGGACUCCUUUGUAGCUUCAAACAAUCACUACAAGGAGAUGAUACUGAAGAAAAGAAAAGGCUCGAAAAAGAUCUGGAAUCCUGUUUCUUAGAACAGCAGCAAAAGUUCUGUCUUGACUACUCCCAGAGGUUCUAUGGCUUUAAAAAUCAGAAGAUGAUGGAAAACACCAAAGAGAAGCUCCACAUCAAUAUAACUAUAAAGGAAUUAGAAAAAUUCAAACUUAUCCGGAGGGGUCAGCACCCUUUCAGAGUAAACUAUGACUUGCGCAGUGCAGCUAAUGAGUUACUUGAUGAUUAUAGAGAAUGCCUUGAAGGCAUUGAUGACCAUCAGACGCAACUGCUCGUCGAGGAAAUGGAAUUCUAUUUCUCACAAAAGAUAGAAACAUUCUGUAACAUGUAUAGCAAGGUAUUUAAUGCUUGGACAUCCAUAGAAAGAACUAUGAGAACAUUUAAGGUAUAUCUAAACCAAAUGAAAGAAGAAACAUCAUCUCUGUGGAACCCCUUGAUGGUGAUUCCAUCUGUAAUUGAGUCCAAGAUCAAGGACAGAGUCAAUGAGUACUUAGUUGCCUUUAUGAGUUCCCUUGAGGGCAUUAAUAAGGAAGACCGAAAGAUUCUUGUGGAUGAACUGAAAUCACACUUGGAUCAAAAGCAGGAGGAGUUCUGCAAGGAGUACUCCAGUGACUAUUCUUCUAAGAUACAAGGGAUUAUUGGUGGGGUCACCACAACUUUAUUAGCGGCUAAAGGUUUAUCUGCAAGGGCAUCACUUGUAGCUGUAGCUGCAGAAGCACCACUAUUGGCAACAGUCGUUGGGGGGGCAGUGAUAGUCGGCACUAUUGUCGUGUUGGGGAGAACCUAUUAUGUAAUGAGGCAAAGAAAUAACCCAUAGGUGGAAGGAAUUAGGCCGAGAAUGCAGCAGAACUACAAGGAGCAACUUUACGAUUAUGACUAAAGGACAAGUUGCCUAAACUCUAAAUUGGUGACAAUGUUUUCCUGGAACCUAAUUAAACAAAAACAAAGAAGGAAGUCAAAUCUAAUAUUCUUUGGACUCUGAAGUCUGAGGCUUCAGUAGGAGAAGACCUCAAUGUAGGAAAGACUAGGUCCUGUACAAGGUCACUCUAGGACUCUACUCAGAUCCUAAAAGAGUGGAUUUGGUUCAGUUAUGCAGAUAGACCCCACGUAUAUUGGAACCCCUAGGUGGGGAACACGGUAGGGGGGCUUGUACUUUGGGGCUGGGGAGCUGCUGAGCAAGUACUACUUCCUUCCUGUGCGCUUGUUACCAGCCAAGAUAUUCAAUUAACUAAAUCUGUAAUUAAAUGUAUUGUGUAAUUUGAAUAAAUAUCAAUUGAGACCAAA